AUGGAUUAUUACAAGAUUUUAGAAAUUAAUCGUGAUGCUUCAGCUUCAGAAGUUGCCAAAGCCUACAAUAAGCUUUCUUUAAAAUGGCAUCCAAAGUUGAGUAAGUUAGAUCACAAUACUACUUAUCAUCAUUUUUGCUUAAUUUCAGAAGCCUACGAAGUAUUAUCUGAUCCUAUCAAAAGGACAUUCUAUGAUAAGUAUGGAGAAGAGAAGUUGAAAGAAGGAUUCUUUGCAAAUGGAAACCUCAAGGGCGGUUACAGUUUUGCAGGCAAUCCUUUUGAAAUAUUUGAAAAGUUUUUUGGGACAUCCAAUCCAUUUGCUCAACUAAUAGAUACCAAUGGAUCAGAAAAUCACGGCACUCUCUUUAGUCAUGCAUUUGGAGGAUAGAAUUUUCCAGGAAUUCCAGGACCUCAAGAUCUUGAGAUCUAAGUAGAGUGUACCCUACAUGAAUUGUAUAAUGGUUGUGCAAAAACAGUCUCAUAUUAGAGAUAAGUGCUGAAUAAAGAUGGAAUCACAACUCGUUAAAUUAUGGAAACUAAAGAAAUUAAAAUUGAUCGUGGAAUUGAAACUGGGUAGAAGAUAGUCUACAAAGAAUUAGGUAAUGAAGCGGCUGGAUUUAAGUCAUCUGAUUUGAUUUUCUUAAUCAAAGAAACUGCGCAUCCAACUUUUAAGAGAAAAGGGAAUGACCUAUUGUAUAUUGCAAAAAUUAAUUUGGCCAAUGCAAUAGCUGCAGAUCCGAUACAGAUAAUAACAUUGGACAAUAGAAAAUUGCAGGUGCCAGUUGAUUAAAUCAUUAGUCCCAAGUAUGUGAAGAUGAUUGAAAGUGAAGGAAUGCCUGUCUUUUAAUAGGAUGAAGUGAAAGAUUUCGGUAAACCAUAAACAUUUGGAAAUUUGUACAUUAGAUUUGAUAUCCAAUUCCCAGAAGAUCUAACAGAAAGUUAAAAAAAUAGAAUCAAAAAUAUUUUAUUAGAAGGUUAAUAAUGA